AUGGAGCAGGAAUAUGCGAGCCAGUACAGACAGAGCAUUCCCGGCCCGCCUGCUCCGCUGCAGAUGUCUCCGAUAAUCCGAAAACGACCUGCGCCGUCUGGAGAACGGCCGCUGGCCUCUGCUCCCCGUGCCAUCCAGCCAAAACCCCAUACCUCUGAUACCACACGAUACUCAAUCUCCGAGGUUCGUACUGGUGUACCAAUUCCUCGCGCCCCUGAUCCUCCUCGUGGAGACACUCCUCGUAAACGGGGGCGACCAAGCAAGGCCGAAAUGCAGCGCCGUCGGAUAGCUGAGGAAUCCCGAUCCCAGGCUCAUUCUGCCUCUCAACAACCGAACAACACGACGCCCAGACCAGGAUAUGCUGCGGGAGGUUUACCCGCAACUUCUCCCGGUACGUCGUCACAGGGGCCGCCCUACUCUCCUGCAAUGGGCCAGCGAGCGCCUCCGGAGCAAAUGCGUGAACCCGAUCCCCCGACCCCAAUGAGUGUACAGUAUCAUGGGACCGAAACUCCUCCAUCUCAGACACAGGACAUACAAGUUCAAAGAGGGCAACGACCCCAACAACAACAACAACAACAACAACCACUGCUGCCGCGAACUGAAGGCGGCCGCCAUCUCCAGGAAUCACCCAUGAUUGUAGAGUCAAGGGACCCGAACAGGCCAGCUCAAGGAGCUCAUCAUCCGCAGACAGAAGUCCCAGCAGGCAGCAGUGGCCAACGACUGGAUACCGCGCCAUCAGCAGCCACAACAACGCCUUCUGGCCCAUCAAAACCGGAAUCGCCUGGUAACCGGGAACGAAUUUCACCAGAACAGCCCGAUCCAAGCCCAGAGGAGGAUAAAGGCUCAUAG